AUGGGAAACGACACCAAGGAUGUGGAUGAAACGAUGGUCGCCACGGUGCAGGAUGUGCUGAAUCAGAUGCACGCACAAUUGCAAUCCAUUAACUUGCAAGUCAAUAGCAUACAGGAACUCGUCACAAACCCGCCACCAGUGCCGAUUCUACAAAAUCGACUAAGGAUUCUCCAUGAGAGUUGGUCAAACUGUCACGAUAUUCAACUACGAUUGGUGUGUUUCGAUCCAGACACAGAGGCUAUUCAACGCUACACGAAGGAUGAUGCUUUUGGUCAAGCAGAGCAUCGGUAUCUCCAAGCAACAGAUUUGCUGUCCCUCCAUAUAGCCACGGCCGAUGCAAUUUCUCCAAGACAACCGGAUGGCUCGGGACAGGCAUCGGCGCCGGUGAAGCGAGAAGCUCGACAUGUCGAUCAUCUUCCAAAAAUCACUCUGCCUGUAUUCUCCGGUAAAUAUACAGAGUGGGCGAAAUAUCGCGCGUAUUUUGAGUCGUUGAUAAUAAAAAAUAAGUCUCUUGACGAAAUACAACAGUUGCAUUAUUUACAGUCGAGUCUCGCGGGCGAACCAAAUGAUUUGAUAAAGAAUACACCGUUCACCCGUGAAGGAUUUGUGACGGCGUGGAAUUUGCUUAAUUCGCGAUACGAAAAUUCUCGCUCUAUAGUGACUGCACAUAUAAACUCACUGCUCGCGCUAUCUCCCGUGACUUCGGAGUCGGUCGAAUCGUUACGAACGUUGCGAAAUCGCGUAACGGAAAUUGUAGCUUCCUUAGAGACCGCGAAACGAUUCAGUUACGUUACAGAUGUGUCAGACGUGGACACUCCGGGAAUUCACGGCGUUAGUGACAUGCUUGUAUGUCUUGUGGCAUCGAAGUUAGAUCCCAAAACGCGGCGUGCUUGGGAGUUGCAAUUAGGUGAUACCGAUGAGUUUCCGCACUUCUCGGUGUUGGAUAAGUUUAUCGCGACUCGAAUACGGGGUCUAGAGGCUUGCUCGAAGCCGGCAUCAAUUAGUACAGUACGACAGACAAAUCAUGGAAAAUCACAUGCAAUAAAUUCUCACGUCGUCGCAACUUCCACGUGGUCGUGCCCGCUCUGUAAAAAACCUCAUACCAUUUACAAGUGUUCUCAAUUUAAAGCGUUGACGCCGCCGAUAAGAUUUAAGCGCGCCAAAGAUAUGAAUUUAUGUAUAAAUUGCUUAGGGUCGAAGCACACAGCGGCAAAGUGCAGCAGUACGCGCGGAUGCUUCGUGUGCAAUGGCAGGCAUCACACACUGCUACACGUGGAAUCGACUUCGACCUCCGUAAAGUCGCCGCCAUCGGCGACUGCAAGCGAUCCGGAAUGUCAAUCUCCGGGGGCAUCGUCUGAAGGUCAAGUCAUCACUAUGAUGACUGCCCCGGUAUCGCAAGGUUUGCGACGCGUGUUGCUCGCAACUGCACACGUGCUGGUGACGUCGUCAGCGGCGCGUACGGUGAAAAUAAGAGCCUUGUUAGAUCAGGGUUCGACGCGAUCGUUCGUUUCGGAGGCGGUGGUUCGCGCGUUGAAAGGUCGCACUUUCAAGGCCACUAACUCUCUCGUUGGUGUUGGCGGUGUUUCGGCGGGAACCGCUUGGUCGGUAGCCCCACUCUCGAUAGGGCCAAAGCAUGGCCAUGGCCCUGUAUUCCGCAUCGACGCUCUCAUUUUGCAAACGCUUACAACUUAUUGUCCUCAGCUCCCCAGCAGGGAGGUCGCGUGGCCUCAUCUGCAGGGCUUAGAGUUAGCCGAUGACCAUCCUACUGACAGUGAACCAGUGCAGCUACUCAUUGGCGCGGACUUAUAUGGGUCAUUGUUGCUUGAUGGGUUAGUGCGCGGUCCACCUUCGGAGCCAGUAGCUCAAAACACCGUGUUAGGAUGGGUGUUAUCGGGACCAACGUCUACGGUUAACCCAAGCGUAGACAUGGCAGAAACCGUCCUGCACUGCGUGGAUAACGAUACGCUACAUGCGUCCUUGACUAAGUUUUGGGAAAUUGAAAGUAUUCCGACAGCGGUCAACCAUACGGUAGAGGAAGUGCAGUGCGAGGAACAUUUUGCAUUUACUCAUACGCGCACUCCGACAGGACAAUACGUGGUUCGCUUGCCGUUCAAAACGGAACCCCCUAUACCGAUCGGAGCUUCUCGCGUUGCUGCCUCUCGUUCAUUGACAUCACUCGAUCGACGACUUUCUCGCGACUCUAGCAUGCACAAAAAAUAUUCCGAAUUUAUGGCGGAAUAUGAGGCACUCGGCCACAUGGAAAGAGUUCCCCCUCCGUCUUCCGAGACUAACCAAGUUGUCUACCUCACUCAUCACCCUGUUGUAAAGCCCGAUAGUACCACGACCCAACUCAGGGUGGUGUUUAAUGCUUCGGCUCUCACGACGAACUUCACGUCGCUAAACUCUCAUUUGAUGAUAGGUCCGAAGCUCCAAUCCGAUUUAUUUAUAAUUUUGUCGCAGUGGCGCGCCUACCAGUUUGUCUACACAGCCGACAUAGCCAAAAUGUACCGGCAAAUUCAGAUACAUCCUGACGAUCGAGAUUAUCAACGAAUUCUCUGGAAGGCGACUCCAGGUGAUCCGGUUCAGGAGUUUCGAUUGACCACUGUCACGUACGGCACCGCGUGUGCUCCAUACCUCGCGUUGAAGGUCCUUCAGCAAUUGACUCUGGAUGAAGGACACGCGUUUCCGCUCGGAGCUCAGAUUCUGAAACGAUUUGUAUAUGUGGAUGAUUGCUUGUUCGGAGCAAAUGACCUUCACACUCUCAGCCGGAUGAAAAACGAACUCUGCGACCUGCUCAGCAGGGGUCACUUUGUUCCGCGUAAAUGGGGUAGUAAUGUGGAUAGUUUGCUGGCCGGAGUAGAUCCCGAUAAUCACGGCUUAGCGUGGAGUCCGUCGGAUGCCGAUAGGGCGACGGUCAAGGUUUUAGGUCUUGUUUGGGCCCCCAGUUUGGAUUCAUUUAACUAUAAUGUAGCCAUACGCUCACCUCCCGCGACGACUAAGCGUCAGGUCCUCGCUCUCAUUGCCAGUUUGUUUGAUCCCCUCGGCUGGGUGUCCCCAGUCAUUGUACGAUCCAAGAUGUUUAUGCAAUCCUUGUGGCGACAACAAAUCACUUGGGACGAUCCGCUCUCCCUACACUUAGCCUCGCAAUGGGCGAAGAUCCAUGAUGAUUUUGGCAAUUUAUCUAACAUUGUCAUACCUCGUUGGACACAACAAAACUCUGAAUUUUCUCAAGGUAGCAUUCACGGGUUUUCAGAUGCUUCGCAGUUAGCGUAUGCGGCAGUGGCAUACCUAUUGUGUCAGCUCCCCGACGGGCGGAUCACAACGGCUAUUCUAGCCAGUAAGACUCGGGUAGCUCCAAUUAAACCUCAAACGAUCCCACAAUUGGAGUUAUGUGGAGCACUUCUGUUAGCACAACUACUGUCGAAACUUAGGGAGAUCCCUGAAUACUCUCAACUACCUCAAACUUGUUGGACUGACUCCACGAUUGUGCUGGCCUGGCUUGGUAGUGAGCCAGCCAAACGUGACGUUUUUGUGGCGAAUAGAAUUACGAAAAUUCACACGCUCCUCCCGAAUUCAGUCUGGCGAUACGUACCAUCCGCGGAAAACCCAGCCGACAUUGCCUCACGAGGUUCUAGCGCUGCUGACUUAAUCGACUCUCUGCUGUGGUGGCACGGACCACAGUGGCUCUUGCUUGAUUCGUCAUGUUGGCCUCCCAUGCCCCAAUUCGGCGGUGACUUCAGCAGGACCGAUAGAGCUUCGGUCUCUCACAUGUGUCACAUUAACAAUCCCUUUCUCGAGGAAUUAGGAGAGCGGUAUUCUUCGUGGUCGAAACUUGUGCGUGUAACCGCCUAUCUAAUUCGUUGGACACCUAGUCGUAAAGAAAGACGGGAGAGUCGUUCGGAAACAAGCAGAAUAGAUGCAUCAGAGUUCGAAUACGCAGAAAAAUUCUGGUUCCGAUAUAUUCAGAAGUCUUGUUUUUCGGAGGAGAUUCGCUGUCUCGCUGGGAAAUCACAUCCUGGUCCUCUCCCUGAUAAGAGUCCGGUUGUAUCCCUCGAUCCCUUUGUGGAUGACAAGGGCUUCUUGCGAGUCGGUGGUCGUCUCUCCCGGUCCGACUUAGAAUAUUCUGGUAGACAUCCGCUCAUAUUAAAGGAUCAUCCGCUAGUUCGGCUGUAUGUUCGUUAUAAGCAUCAACGUUGUUUACAUGGCGGCCUGCAGUUGACAUUGCGCACGCUACGUCAAACCGUAUGGAUUCUGCGUGCCCGGCAGUUGGUGCGGGCUGCAAUCGCUAAAUGCCUCAUCUGCGCUCGGCUGAAGACUGUAGCUGUUACCCAACUCAUGGGAGCACUGCCACCUGCCAGAGUCCUACGCCCAGCCCGUGCGUUUCAGCAUGUCGGCGUGGAUUACGCAGGACCGUUGCAAAUACGUGAGGCCAAGGGUCGGGGAAAACGCUCUCAUCCCUGUUAUGUGGCAUUGUUCGUCUGCAUGUCUGUUCGAGCAAUACAUUUGGAACUAGUCAUGGACUAUUCCACUGAUGCCUUUUUAGCCGCGUUUAAACGAUUCUCCUCACGCCGCGGUCUACCUCAAUGCAUAUAUAGCGACCAAGGCACAACAUUUCGGGGCGCAGCCCCAGCAAUAGUUGGAGCCGUUCAGUCUGCACAACCAGACCCAGAUUUUCAGAAUUUCCUGGCCGAAAACCGCAUUACGUGGAGUUUUAUUCCUCCAGCCGCCCCGCACUUCGGCGGGUUAUGGGAGAGUGGCGUGCGUAGCGUGAAACAUCACCUCCGACGUGUCAUCGGUGCACACACUCCGACGAUUGAGGAGUUUACGACGCUGUUGUGUCAAAUCGAAGCGUGCCUCAAUUCUCGACCGCUGUCGCCGCUGACGGAUCACCCGGAUGACUUGGCGUCAUUGACUCCCGGUCACUUUCUUGUGGGGAGCGAUAUUACGGCAGUCCCUGAACCUACGCUAUUAAAUCUCAAUGCAAAUCGAUUAGGUCGUUGGCAAUUGUAUCAACAAAUGCUGGAAUCAUUCUGGAAGCUUUGGAGCUCGGACUACGUAACGUCGCUCCAGCAGCGUUCGAAGUGGCGCUCUCGACAUAAGCCAGUUCGCGUGGGACAGCUAGUGUUAGUGCGAAAUGAGAAUACUCCCCCCACUAAAUGGCCAUUAGGUCGUAUUGUUAAGUGCCAUCCUGGUAAGGAUGGGUUGAUCAGGGUGGUCUCAGUUCGCACAGCGUCCACGACGCUUGUCCGCCCGUUAAUUAAACUGGCGGUGCUCCCGGUCGUUCAUAAUGAUGAUACUGCUGGCAAUGGCGCGACUUCUGUGUAA